CUCAAAACUUCACUCGUUUUCGUGUCAACCUGACGGUGCAGCGUUGCUCGCUUACUGUCCACCAUCACGACUUGAUUGUUUACACCCCUCGCCGAGCGAGCUUUGCGACCAAGGAGCGGGAGUUGGAAGGAACUUUCAUUUGGCGGCGGAAGCGGAAAUCGGAGACAAGAUCACUGAGGCUUUCAAGGCGGAUUGAUUCAGUCGGAGGGUCAAUAUUUGCAAACAACCGGUGUCACCAUGGUUGACCCUUUCCCACCACGACCCGCUGUCGCAAAGGUCGCAGCCUACAUCCCUAUCACAACACCUUCGCCAUCUUACAACCCAGCACUUUACACCGGUCAAGGACAAUCCCGCCCCUCCGACCUAGAAUCCGCACCUGACGAUCCUUUCAUCGCUCGCAAACCGAUACCUUACGCUGGUAAUCCGCUCUACCAAUACCCAUUACCUGCGCAAUACACGCAAACAUGCGACAAGCACCAUGAAGAAGAGCGGACGAGAAUUACAAGGACGAUUUUGGCUUGUAUUAGUAUGGCCCUUACGGUUUGCGCUAUCAUUGCAGUGGUGGUGAAGAUGAAUUGAGAUAGUAAUAACUGAGGUCGAAUAUCCAUAUUUUUCUUGGUGCUUCAAUAUGUUUUACUGAACUCGGGGCUGUGAAGAGCCCUCAGCGUAAGAGCCUAAAGUUUCAUGCUGGUGGAACAAUGCCAUUACAAAUUUUCAGUGGAGAAACAGGUUUUGGAAUAUAUUCUGAAAAAACAUCGAUUGGAUACGUAUCAGC